AUGUCCUGGGCUCAGAAAACUAUUCGCCUUCCUGCAAAAUCGCGAGGUUGUCAUUUAGUUACCCAUGAGAUUGAGAAACAGAUUCCCGAACUUAAAGACUUCACUGUUGGCAUGGCGAACGUAUUUUUGCAGCACACAUCAGCAUCCCUGACGUUGAAUGAAAACGCGGAUCCUGAUGUCCGAGCUGAUAUGGAAAUGGCAUUGAACAAGGUUGCGCCAGAAUCUAGAGAAUAUGUUCAUGCAGAUGAGGGCCCUGAUGAUAUGCCUGGACAUAUCAAGAGUUCUCUCUUUGGAGUAUCCCUCAACAUUCCUAUCACCCAAGGACGUUUUAGUUUGGGAACGUGGCAAGGUAUAUGGCUGUGUGAGCACCGAAACCAUGCCUCUGGCCGUAAGAUUGUUGUGACUUUACAAGGCGAGAAGAGAAAUUAG